AGAGGUCUGUCACGUUUCGGUGUUAUUUUGUAUCGGGCUGCUUGAACUCUUUCGCAUAUGGGUGAAACGUGAAAUUGUCUACUCGAUAAGCAUGUCGGUGUGAGUAUUGGACAGAGAGUUUUGGCUCUUUGCAACAUCAUGAUGCUGACUGGUUCGUAUUAUGAAAGAUUUCGAUUAAUUGUUGAGAAAAAUAAAUCAAAACACGAAGGAUAGAGUAGAGACUGAUACCGGGGAUGACACAACUGACGUUUUAGACGUCAAACAUAAUGCAGAUGAACAGUUGGAAUUCGUUCACUUAGGUAAUACUUUUUCAAAAUUUGAGUGAAUUCCUUCGUGCAUGUCAUAAUGUCCAUAAUGCGCAUCAGCUGAAAACUUUGACAGUUCCUCAUUUAUCUAACUUUAUUGAUACAUGCAGCCUCUAUAUUGAUAAACGAAGUAAAUAUUAUCGUUUGUAGAUGUCUUAUCUAAGAAAAAUAUUUUCAAACGUACCACCACUAGUCACACGAAGAAAAAAUGCAUCGAAACUAUAUCUGCCAAGUCGAUUCUCUUCUGGCGUCAACAAGGAAUCACUGCAACUAUCAGAUAAACGGCAAAUUCGCCUACAAAAACCCAGUGAAACAUUUGGUCAGCCAACACCAGUCACACAUCCACAUCUACUCCAAAAAGACGAACUGAUUCAGGGAAUAACGGCUGAAGAAAUUCAAGGAAGACGGCAACGUCUUCUAGACAACAUUCAAAAGUACUCAUACGAUUUGCAUAAGAAGCACUCGUCGCAUUUGAUAGUCAUACCAUCGGCAUCAAAGAAGUACAUGAGUGACAAAAUUCCUUACGUUUUCAGACAAAAUACGGACUUUCUAUACUUAAGUGGUUGCUUAGAGCCCGACAGUGUUCUAGUCAUGACGAUCGAUGCUAAUAAAAACACCAAAUCAAUCCUCUUUAUGAGGCCAAAGGAUAAGCACUCAGAAUUGUGGGAUGGACCGCGAACAGGUGUCGAAAACGCACCAAAUUUGUUUCUGGUAGACGAAGCGUUUGUCGUUGCUGACCUGUCUAAGGUUGUCCAAAAGUUCGGGCAGAUAGACUUUCUAUGGUAUGACGACACCAAGUCCGAUCAACCUAGCAUCACCGAAACCAUCAAUUCAAUCGUAAAUAGCACCACAUCAAAGCGCACUGCGGCACCAACUCCAUUCAUUCACAAGCAACGUGUGAUCAAGUCCGAGUCGGAAAUCAAACUGAUGAGAAAGACGUGCCAAAUUGCUUCCGAAUCAAUAAAUAAGACAAUAGAAACCUCGAAGCCCGGUGAUUCUGAACAUCAUAUUUUCGCUAGAGUCGACUAUUAUUGCCGAAUGAGCGGUGCUAGUUAUCUGGCCUAUCCACCGGUGGUUGCAUCUGGCCUGAACGCUACAACAAUUCAUUAUAUAAACAAUUCACAGACUACCGGUUCUACGGAUUUGGUGUUAAUGGAUGCUGGCUGCGAGUAUGGCGGUUACACAAGCGAUAUAACAAGAACAUGGCCAAUCAGUGGAACAUUUACUCAGCCUCAGUUAGUACUGUACGAAAUUGUCCAGACUGUACAGAAGGAACUGAUAGAUGUGCUACUGAAGGAUGGCGGUCUGUCUCUGGAUUCACUAUUCGAUACCAUGUGCCUCCGGCUGGGAAUAUAUUUACAAGAAAUUGGACUUGUGCGAAAAGGCUUGGUGGGCAUGGAAUUAGCUAGAGCAGCCUACACGUAUUGUCCUCAUCAUGUUUCACAUUACUUGGGAAUGGACGUACAUGACACUAGUACAAUAUCGCGAGGAAUUCACUUGCAACCGGGAAUGGUUUGUACAGUUGAACCAGGGGUUUACAUUUCUCACGAUCGAAAAGAUGUUCCUGAAGAGUUCCGUGGCAUCGGAAUUCGAAUAGAGGACGAUGUGUUAAUUGCGUCCGACAAUAAGGUUGAAGUUCUAACGGAGAAGUGUGUUAAAGAUCCAAAGUUGUUAACGAGGAAAAUUAUUUCAUGAAAGUGGCGAGACGGCGAAGUGCAAGUAUAAUUGAACAAUGUUUUUCGGAAGCAACAAUAUGAGCAUUCGUGGGAAUGAUAAUGAAUAAAUUGAUUUAUUAGAAA